AUGGACUCUAACGACGACAAUAAGGGACCAUCGGGAAAACGGUGCAAAACCAAAAAUUUACCUAAAACCGUGCCGGGCUUCUGUAUGCAAGCCUACCAAAAGAACACUGUGACGGAAGGCCCUAAGACAGCCGGGUCAGCAGAGAAUGUGCAGCCGAAGACAGUAAAAGCCAGGACAAAUUUCGCGGCUAAAUGCGGACGUCCCGGGUUCCCAUUGGCCGCGUCCUACGCGGGUCGCAACCGGCCGUUUAGGUGGCUGGUGCCACUCGAAAUGAUCGACUACGACGUCUACCUGCCCAUAAUGACCGAUGGACUUCGCGAGCCUUCAAAGCCGUACGGCGCGUGCGCGGCGCAAGGCCUGUGGGACCUGUUGACCCGGGAUACCACCAGCCAUCGCGUGCUGAACGCGUUACCCAGAAUGAUAUUCCCGCUCCGGCGGGCCCUGAACGCCGGCGCCUCCGAUCACUGGCGCGUCGGCGUUCGCGCGCUGAAGACGUUACAAAAACUGACUUCAGCCGGCAAGGACGGCCGCGUGGGUUAUGCCUUGGUCCCUUACUAUCGGCUCCUGUUGCCACCACUCAACCGGUACAGCCAGGUCGCCGACGUAAACUCCAAUGACGGCGUGAACCAGUGUAUCAAAUACAAUAUUGCAGACCUUUGCUAUCAAACGCUGUUAUUGCUUGAGUACACGGGCGGUCAGUGUGCGUACUCAAAUAUUAAAUACUUAAUACCCACAUAUGAGAACGUGGUCGUUUGCUGUAAAAAAUCUGUCAGAAUCGGAACCGUCACUGACACUGACGACGCCACUACAACCCUGCACCUAUAA